AUGGCUUCAUCAACUCUCCUAACCCCAACAUCCAAACUCAAACCUCUCUACCCCAUCAAACCCAAACCCAACUCCACCACAGCACUUCCACCGCCACCACCACCACUGCAACAACCUCAAAACCACCACCUCCGCCGCCACUUCCUGUCCUUGGCCACCGCCAUUCUGACUUCUCCAUUGGUCCCCCCAAUCGCUCCAGCUUUUGCAGCAUCGGAUGAAGAGUACGUGAAAGAUACUGAAGAGGUGAUCAAAAAGGUCAGAACCACCAUAUCCAUGGACAGGAGCGAUCCUAAUGUAGCUGAAGCAGUUGCUGUUCUUAGAGAAACUUCAAACUCUUGGGUGGCGAAGUAUAGAAGAGAGAAAGCUUUAAUCGGUCGGGCUUCUUAUCGUGAUAUGUAUUCGGCUUUGAAUGCUGUGUCGGGGCAUUACAUCAGCUUUGGACCGACAGCUCCCAUUCCAUCCAAGAGAAAGGCCAGAAUUCUUGAAGAGAUGGACUCUGCGGAGAGAGAUUUACCAAGGGGCAGAUAG